AGCAGUAGGAAUAAAGACAAGACUCCACCCCCUAUUUAGAUGAGGUCAUCGUGUUCCUAAUUUUUUUUUCCUUCCAGAUACUACAGAGUCUGCACUGAAUGAGCUGCCGGCUCCAUCAAUUCCCCACAAGCCGAGUCUGUUGUCAGACGUUUACACCCAGGCUGUUUCUCUGUGGAUCUUACUGAUUCCUUCAGCAUCUCGUCUCACUGAAGCAUCAUUACUGUUAUCCAGCUCGCAGCAUCAGGACCACGGCUGCUCCCGACCGUAAGCAUUUCCAUCAGCAGCUCAGGAUUCUGCACAGCCUCUGACAUCUCCUAUAUUUCUGCAAUAUCUGUGUAGUACAGAUCCACUAGCAGCGGCCAGGCGAGGAAAACAGCCCAGGAUUAUGCAGAGCAGCAAGUGGAUUGGAGCAAGUCAGAGGAAGGAGCAUGUUUGGGGCUGCUGAGCUCACCUUACGUUCAGUAAAGGUCAUUGUUGUACAAGGAGCAGAUGUGUUGCACGGCAUUUGCUACAUUUGCACAAUCUGAACUCAUGAGACUGAACUUGCCUCUGGUUCAGGACUGCAUCAUGCACAGUGGAGCGUAGCGUAGGAAUUGUUGGAAACUCUGCUUGAAUUCUGCUUCCACAUCCCCCCUCUCCCCAUGAGCCGCAGUAUGAGACAGAAACAGAUCUGCUGGGCAAGUUUAGGCAGUCACAACCCCAAACCAGUUUGACUGGAGACUGGAGAAUGAAAACAAACCCGCAGGCAUCAGCCAAGUGCAGCACCGACCACAAGGAAUCUCUGCGCCUGGACGAGCCACAAGGAGCCGCUCACAUUCACAAUGGCCAAUGAACCCGUCAUACUUAAUGUCUAUGACAUGUACUGGAUCAACGAAUACACCUCAACCUUGGGAAUCGGAGUAUUCCAUUCAGGGAUUGAAAUUUACGGGAGAGAGUUUGCCUAUGGAGGACACCCUUAUCCAUUCAGUGGGAUUUUUGAAAUCACCCCGGGCAAUGCCGCUGAGCUUGGAGAAACAUUUAAAUUCAAGGAAGCUAUUGCCCUCGGGACCACAGAUUUCACAGAAGAAGACAUUGAUAAUAUAAUGGAGGAGCUGGGGAAGGAAUACAAGGGAAAUGCCUAUCAUUUAAUGCACAAAAAUUGCAACCACUUUUCUGCAGUGUUAGCAGAGAUGCUGUGUGGGAAGGAAAUCCCAAGAUGGGUGAACCGUCUUGCCUAUUUCAGCUCCUGUAUCCCAUUCCUUCAGAGCUGCCUUCCCAAAGAGUGGCUAACCCCAGCUGCCUUGCAGAGUCACAUCAGCCUUGGACUCCAAAGAGAAGAUCAGGGAGACACAACAGAUGAUGAUUCUCCAUCCACCUCUGCAGCAGGUGCAUCAACGGGGACCACUCGAACCUGUAGACACACUAGAGUCUAACCGAUCGAAUGCCUCCCUAUGGACAAUCAGUUCUCAGAGAUUACUGAAAACCCUACGGCUUGAAAUCUUUUUAUUUUUAUUGAAGGGUCAAUCCACGGUUGCUGCUCCGUAUUCUCCUUCUAUGGAGUGGGAUUCUUUGUGCUGGCAAAACGUUUUGCCAAUGGAUAAACAUAACAGACUUGGUAACUUUUUAGCUUCAUUAAAAAGUGCAUUCCAAAAAUA